AUGGUAGUCUGGAAUCUGUUUACCAAAAGUUUUAAUUCAAUGGAAGAAGGGAUUGAGAGAAUAUUUGGUUCUGAUGAAUUACAGGCAUUUGUUAGGAAGUGUAUUGUGGAUCCAACUCUGUGGCAAUUGGUGCUUGACCAGCAACAGUUCAAGAUGGAGUUAAGUAAAACAGAUCUGUUAAAACUUUUGAGUGUCCUAGAGGGUGAACUACAAGCAAGAGAAGUUGUCAUUGCUGUUCUAAAGGCAGAACAGGUCAAGCAGCUAUUAUACCCAAAGAAGCGAGGUGGGAAAGGUGACCCUAUUGCAGCUUUACAGCGAGAUGUUUUUGGGGUUACAGACCCAAAUUUUGAUGAAUCUGAAGUGAAAGCUGUAUAUAACAUGCAGCUACAGCAGCUAGAACAACUAAUACUAGAACAGCGAAAAGUUCAGUUGCACUUAAGAGAUCAGUUAUUAGAAGAAAAUGAACGAGCUGGCAAAAUUGUGGCAGAGCUAGAGGACGAAAAACGGAAGCAUGCUCAAGACACUGCUCAGGGAGAUGAUGUUACUUAUAUGCUAGAGAAAGAACGAGAACGACUAAAACAAGAGCUAGAGUUUGAAAAACAACAGAAUAAAAAAUUAGAGAAAGAAUUAAAGAAACUAACAGAGACAUUAGAAAAAGAACAAAAUAGACAAAAAGAAAUUGUCUUGCUUUUGCUGGCAGAGAGGAAACGUCUGAUUGUUCGUUUGUUGGAAGAAAGGCAACAGUCGGAGGAAUUAACAGAGAUUUUGAAUCAUGAAAAAGCACAAAUUGCUGAGAUGGUGGAAGGCUUAGAAGAAGAAAGUCAGAAGUCUCUUCAGCUUGAAGCAGAGCUGGAAAAACAGCAGGCAGAAUUCAGUCAACAGAAGGAGCAUUUCCAAAAACAGUUGUCCACAGCUGGAGACAGAGAACAAGAACUAAUAAGUGAACUGGAAAAAUUGCGAGAAGAAGAUAUAUUUCUUCGUAGGCAACUUGGUGGAAAGGGAGAUGAACUUUUGCCUGGUGGUCCCAUUCCUGUAAACUUGGGUGAAGGUGUUCGGAGCACUAUUGUGACAAUGGUUUCUACUCCCCCUCGUUCUAUUUCAACUGUGUCUCCAACAGUUAGUCCUCCAAGAAAUGUUGCUAGAGCUGUUAGCCCUAAGCCAGGGCUACCUCCUGCUACUCCUGCUAAACCCCCAGGUUUAGUGCCUCAAAUACCCCAUAAACUAGCAGUACCUAUAGCAACAAGCAUUCCUCCUAAGCCAAACAUACCCCCAUCAUUAACUGGGGCUCAGUCUCAUCCUACUCCCCCUCUACUUGCUGUUCCACAACCUACUGUGCCAUGCUCAUCACCAAAAUCACCUGUUAAACAUUUCCCCCAUAGCACUUCACCUGUUCCACCUCAUAGGCCAAUAUCUUCUGCUAUUCCACAGGAAAUAAUUAUGGGUGAGUCACUUGCUGGGCAUGUUAGCACUGCACAUUCUCGAAGUGUCACUUCUGCAGUUGCUGCCACCUCAGUAUUCCACACAGUUGAACGAACAGUUACCAUGGUGACAUCACAAAUACAUGCGGCUGGAGCCGACACUGUAGCACAGACUCAACAGGGAGGAAACAUUCCAGCCACCACUGCUGAGUCUAACUUGGCAGCAGCUGUCAGAAAACCUGUUCCAGUGGGUCGAGGAACACCACCUCCAGUACCACCUAACAAGCCAGUAUUACCUCCGCAGGUGUUAUACAGGAAAGAAAUUGGACCAAGGCCCCCUGUUCCACCUCGUAGUGAUGUAAUAACUGAUGGUCGUACAACCCAGAAGAUGACUGUUUCAGGAACUCGAUUUGGUGUAACUGUUACAAAAAAUAAAGUAUUGACAAAAGGCCCUGGUUCAGGAGUGGAUGGUCCUGAAGUGGCUAGAGUGGAGGGUCAGGUGGGUGGUGCAUUAAAGGAGGACCACUGUGGUGCUCCUACUGGUAGAGAGGACACCGUCAAUCUGAAUGGCUCCUCAGGGAUGGAUAUGAUAGAUCAAGAAUUGGCUGAUUUUCAGGAACUUUUGGUUUCUAUGGUAACAGGUGAGAAGUCCAGUUCGUGUAAUAUUGAAGGUUGUGCUUCCUCCUCUUUGUCCUCACAUCUGUGUUGUGUUACUGCUGCGAAAAUCAAACAGAAAAUUUUGGCCUCAGAUAACACUGACAGUCUUCUAAUAUCAAGCCAUGCUAACCAGUUGAAGCCCAGUUGUGAAACCUUGACCCAAGAUGCAGACCAUGAAUCUUGUGCUGCUACUGAUGAAAAGUAUUCUAAAAUCUUAGAAAAUGAAAAUACUACAAUACAUAAAGCAACAGCAAAUGGACACCUUUGGUGUCUUAAUUUAAUCCUAAAAGGUGGUUUUGAUAUCAAUACUAUGAAUGAAGAGAGGCAGACACCAUUGCAUAUUGCUGUUACUUUAGGUAACAAAGAAAUAAUAAAUCAUCUACUAAAAAAUGGUGCUGACCCUAUGGCUUAUUCCAAGGACAAUAGAACUCCAUUACAUGAAGCUGUUAGACAUAAUAAACCUGAUAUUCUGUGGGUCCUGCUCCAGCAUGUACCAGUAACUAGCUUGCAGGAUUCUGAGAUGAGAACAAAUGUAAAAAACCUCAAUUUAUCACUGAUUCAUCUAGCGGUUAACAAUAAUCUAAAGGGUUGUCUAGCAGUAUUACUAAGUGCCACAAGAAUCUUAGAUGAAACCAGUUCAUUGAAAGAUUCACUGCAAGAAAUGGUAAAGGAAGUAGCAUCUUCUCUUCUAGAAGAUGAAGAUGUACAGCACCACAAAACCUGUGAUGUUGUAGUAUCAGUAAAACAUUUGGAAAAAGUUCAGCUUCACCCCAUUGGUUUCCAUUGGACUUGGAAAAGCAACCUCAUAGGUGCAGUUGUGGUUAAUCCUUUGACCACUUGGAAUACCUUGGAACAACAGCUUAGUGUUUUGAUUAAUCAGUACUGGAGUUCCUUAUGUAAACCUCUGACUUUCAAUAUUAGUGGACCUAAUAGACAGAACAGUAAGGUAAAAGUGGCUGGACUCGGAUUGUCUUGGGAGGACAUUCAAAGCAUAGUUAUUGGUCCCAUUUAUUGGAGUAAAGGGUCUCAUGAAAUCUAUACAACUCCAUGUCAGCUUGUAAAUUUAUUUGCCACCAAAAAUGUUGUUCUUUAUUUAAAAGAUGAAACUGAAGGCAAUCUUGCAGACUUAGUGGGAGACACAUUACUUCCAGUACAAACAUUAAACUUCAUAUUCCAUUUGCUUGAAAGUUCCUGUGGUAUUAUUUUGUCAGGCCCUUCUUAUAGUGGAAAAACUUAUCUUGCUUUAAGAUUAGCUUAUUACUGGGCUCAUAAGUUGCAGAACCAUGGAGAAGAAGUUUCAUUAAUAUUCCAUGAUUUUGAAACAGAAAGAAGUGAUACAGCUUAUAAAAAACUUGGUAAACUUAAUGAUUUAUUGGUCACAAGAUUAACUAGUUGCCACUGCAUUGUCAUACUGGAUAACUUUCUUGUGAAUUCUGAGGGGAGAAAAGGAAUUAAAAACCUAGAAGAAAUGGUUUCAAGUAUUCUAAAUGCAGGUAAACAUAAUGAAGUCACAGAAAAAAAGCAACUGCAUUUUUUUGUGACAAGUAGCUGCCUGAGUUUAACUGGAGAAAAAGAAGGGUUUUUUAAAUUUGUCAAUCUCCUUGAUGGAAAAGGAACAUUUUGCUCUCUUGUUGAUCGAAACUUGAGGAGACAACUUAUACACCACCAGUUCCAGUCUCAUGCAUCCAAAAUCUCUUCUGGUCAACAGAGGGCAGCAUUGUGGGUUAUAGCUGUCUGGAAUCAACUGAACUCGUUUCUAGCAAAGGUUGGACUUGCUGAAUUGAAGUUUGGCCCCUUUUUAUUCACAUCAUGUCCACUGACUGGCUCACAGCCAACAACAGUUGCCAACUGGCUUUUGGACUUGUGGAAUAAUGUGUUGUUCCAUGAGAUUGAAAAAGCAGUUGUUUACCUUCGACAGUGCCCUCACAAAGAUGUGGAAGAAAAGGUUGUGAAUUCUGCUUUGUCUGUAAUAGCACGAAAAGUCUUGCUAGCAAAGUGUCCACUAGCCCCAUCAGAAAAAUCUGAGUUCAUCCAGUCUCUUCUUGGUAUUGGAUCUGGGCCUAGACUUAGUUCUGUCAGACAUGGCCGAUUCAGUGGAAGCAUUCAUGACUUGUCACAUGGUAGGAGGUCACCCAGUAUAGGAAAAGCACAUCGUCGUAGCCACAGUGCAGACAACAGACCUCAGGCUGCAAAUAAAAAACCUGAAGAUAUUACUUCCAGUUUUGAUCUUUCCUCCACCAGUAAUAACCCAAACACAAACAACCGAUCUGUCACUUGGGAUGAUGAACCUCAUCAGUUUAAGGAUCAGGAGAAAUCUGUACAGUUUAUUCCAUAUGAACAUGAGAAGGAUGUGAACCCUGACUUUGGCAGACCAAUGAAAUCAGCUGAAAAUCAAAGGCCUUCAUGUAAAUCUGAAGGUGACGAACCUGAGAUUAUUAGCUGAAUGUAAAAAAGCAACAAAAAAUACCUAUUUCCAAUUUGAAUUAUGGAAUGGCCGAUUUACAUAUUUUUAUUUUACAAUUUAUUUUCAAUAAUGCAUGUAUUUAUAAAAUUUAUACCAUUUUUGAUAUGUUUGAUAGAAGUUAUUGUUUAUUUGAGAUUAAAAUAUGAUGUCGACAUUUUGCUCAUAAUCAACCUAAUUUCCGUCCUUUUGAUUUAAUUUACUUGAAAACUCAAUCGUAACUGAAAUAUGUGUUUGAAAAUAGUUAAAAUUUUAAAAAUAGAAUAUAGUUUUUAUAUCAUUAUUUAAAGAGAGUUUUUAUUAUGAAAAUGUAACUACAACAUAACUUUAGGAGUUCAGUUUCUACAGUUUAAUGUAUUAUUGUUAGUAUUAUAACUAAACAGAAAUCUGUCGUCUUUGGGGUUUGGUCAAUAAAAUCAUUGUUUUUAGGUCUCUGU